AGUAGGAGACGGGACAUCCUGUCGGGGCAGAGAAACCCGCGUAAAAGGAAUCCUUUUUUUCCCCCCAUAGUGUGGAGGAGAGCGUUUGGAAAGUGUGGGAGGACCCACGGGAACGCACCGCUGAAACUUUCUACAGAGGAAAAGUCGUGCAACCCGCCGGACUCUCUCUGAAAUGUUUCUCUCCGAGUCUGAGGAUGAAUUAGAGCGGCUCCGCACGGAUUUGGACUCGGCGAGCAGCGACUGCAGUUUGGAGGAGGACUACAUUCCGGGCGGGUUGACCCCGGGAUCGGAUCAACAAGACUUCACUGAUGAGGACAGCUCAGACGAAGAGUGGGAUAAUACGCCCACAAAGAGAAGAGCUCCCAGGAAGCGUUGCCGCGCUGCUUCUGCUUCUCCAGCGUCAUCGUUCCUGAAGUCCCCGCCUAAGAAGUGGGAAAAGAGUCCCCACAGAAAGAAGAUCCACUAUGCAUCUACACCCACAAAAGAAUCCUCCUCCCCCGGUACUGGCAAGUCACUCUCCGCUCCACGCGGGAAGAAUGAAAGUGGAAAGAGGCAAGCAGAAAGACGGCCUGUGACAGAGGAGGAGGACAAAGCAGAUGUUGGAGACCGCUGGUAUGACAUUGAUGAGGAUGACGUCGAGCCUCCUCAACCACGGUUCAGACCUGAGAGGGACACAGGGCCGCAGCUGAAUAGAACCGCACAUUACACCCCACUGGAACUGUUCCAGCUGUUCUUCUCUACGACAGUCAUCAGUACAUUGGUAAGAAACACCAACGCCUACGGGAAGAAGAAAUACCAAGGCCAGCGGGAAAGCUGGGUGCCUGUCACAGCAGCAGAUAUGUAUUCCUUCAUCUGCCUUGUCCUCUACAUGGGUAUUGUGCCACUAAAAACUCUGAAAGAGUUCUGGAGAGGAUCUAAGCUAUUCAGCCUGCCAUUUCCUGCCUCUGUCAUGCCCUGCAGACGCUUCCUAGCCAUUUCCCGAGUCUGCACAUGAAUGACCCUGCAGUUGAAGCAGCAAAUGACCAGAAGAAAGGGACAUCAGGGUAUGACAAACUUUUCAAGAUAAAACCGCUAUAUGUGCAGAUUUUGGAGGCCUGCCACACUUUCUUUCAUCCCCACCAGCAUAUCUCCAUAGAUGAACGGAUGGUGGCGAGUAAAGCAAGGAUCGGGUUUAAGCAGUACAUAAGAAACAAGCCUACCAAAUGGGGCUUUAAGCUUUUUGUUUUAGCAGACUCAAUAUGUGGCUACACCCUGAACUUUUUUGUCUAUGGGGGAAGAGAAGGUGAACCAACGGGGAAGGGGCUAAGCUAUGAUGCUGUCAUGAGACUGCUGAACAUCCCCUUUCUAGGCAAAGGAUAUAAGCUCUAUGUGGACAACUUUUACACCAGUCCAACUCUAUUCCUUGACCUCCUUAAGAGAAAAAUCUGGGCGUGCGGCACUGUUCGUUCCAAUGUAGCAGGUUAUCCCAGAACGAAAAGUAAUGACAUGACCAAGAAAACAACAAGGGGAACUAUCCGGUGGAUCAGAAAAGGGGAGCUGUUGUUUGUUAAGUGGCUGGACACCCGCGAAGUAACAAUGUGCUCCACUAUACACAAAGCAUACAGCAAUGACGUGGCAAAGCGCAAAGUGAAAAACGCAGAUGGACAGUGGGUGGUGAAGCAGGUGCCUAUUCCAGGCUGCAUCAAAGAUUACAACCGGCACAUGGGAGGUGUCGACUUGUCAGAUGCGCUUAUUGGGUACUACAAUGUCCUCCAUAAAACCCAGAAAUGGUACAAAACUCUGUUUUAUCAUUUUGUGGACAUAGCCACUGUGAAUGCCUUCAUCCUUCACAAAGAAAUGUGCAAACUGCAGAAUCGGCCAACAGUUACACAGAAAAACUUCAGGGAACAACUGAUUUUGUCCCUGGCCGAGAUUGGGUCCACUCCACGUCGGUCAGCUCCACAGAACUUCAUGUCGCCUGCCUCUCCUUUCAAAGUCCCACCUGCCUCCCUGAGAACUCCGUCCGUGUCCACAGUGGCACCUGCCUCUCCAUCCAAUGUGCCGCCCACCUCACCUCCCUCCCUGUCCAACGUGCCGUCGGCCUCGCCGCCUGAAAUAGCCCCCGGCUGUCCGUCCACAGUGCCACCUCCUCCUCCGCCGUCCGCUGAGGUGCCACCUGCGACAGCUUCUGAUGCUCCAGGUUUAGGUCACCUGCCGGCUUACUUUGUAGAACAAAUGAGCAAUGUGGCCCCGAGAAAUCGGGCCACCGCCGGCAGAAGGGCAUGUGUGGUCUGCAAAAGAAAGUCGCCAGUCUAUUGCAGCACUUGCCAAAAAACACUUUGUUUUACUACUUUAAGAAACUGCUAUAGUGAGUGGCACAGAAGCAACAGUAUCUGUAUGUAAGUGCUAGACUUACUUGAUAUAGUCUGUAUAAAGGGCCUUUGAUAGGCGGAGUCAACUAAUUUGUUUAGCGUCUUUACAAACAUGUGCCUUUGAUCACCAAUGGUGAACAAAUGUCUACUGCCUUUUGGGUUUCCUUGCCAAACUCUCCUGGACACCUACAGGUAUAUAGGUACCAUGAUUACUCCGGGUACCUAAGAAGCCUUUUCAAAUGGUCUCCAAGUAGUAUGCGAUGUCUUGGGAUAAUCGACAUAGAAUAGAUAAUAACCUUAAAAACCUGUGGAUAGUUAACAAGAUGAGGAUGUAGAUCCAAGGAGGUUUGGCUGAAUUAACCUGUGAAAAUGAAUAUCUAUGAAUAUCUCUUUUUUUGUCAUUACCGAUUCACAAACCUCAAAGUUUCUCCAAAAGCCCCUAUUAAAAACAAAGAUUUUAUAGGGACUUGUAAAGUGUCUUACAAAUCAGGAGGCAGCAUGUUACAGUGCAGGGUGGAUUCAUUUCAGUGAGAGCCUUGCAGCAGCUUUGCUCUAGCGACUCUGGAGGGGGGGUUGUAGUUGCCAUUCACGGGGAUAACAAUGUUUAGUGACAAGUGCUGCAGUUGUCCCUUCCCAGUCUGUGAGGGCUUUUGUUAGGGGGUCUUUGACUAACCAGCUUUAAAUGUAUUAUGUGGGAGAGGGACGGUGAGUAAAACUGGAUCACAUGCUCUUAAGGAGAAGGUGCCGGGCGAUUUUAUUUUCAAAUCGUACCCCAAAACCAUUUCUACUGGGACCGAUUACGAUGCUUUAAUACAUUUCAUCGAAUAAGGUAUAAGGUCCACUGAAAACUUGGACUGAAAACGAUCUGAAACUACCGAAACUAUCAUCUAAACCAUCAAUGAGAAGUGAUUUCAUACCCAGUAACUCAGAGUCCGCAACAAAAUUGGAGACAUAUCUACCUACCUCUGCCUGGAAGACUGCUGAAUAAAAUAGAUACCUCAUCCUCUUUUAUUAUCUGCAACUAAGAUCCUUUCUUACAACAUUCCUGCAACUUGAAAUUACUCCGACGGUGCUCACUGAUGUGGUGAUGUUGCUUCGUUCGUGCAUUAAGAUUUAUGUCAGGAAAGUAGUCCUCAUGAAUUAUUACUGUAAGUUAUAUGCUGUAAGCACUUGAAUGUAAUAACUGAUGCAGAAAAUGGUUUUUUAAACUACCACAGAGUAUUAUUACAUGUACACCAUCAUGAGUAUAUUCCUGGUUUUGAUAUUGUAACUGGUUAUUCAGGUCUUUGUUUCUGUCGUUAUCCAGGUUUUGGAUUGUGUGGUUGGGCGCAGGCAUGUGCUUUCUGCAUCUCAGCUAAUCUUUGACAUUUCCAGUUACCUCAGCAGUUGAGGAUGAACCCACAUUGGUUUCUGGUCGCAUUUAACAUGCUCAGUCAGAUUUGGCUUCUUCAGAGUGACUUCCAGAAACCAUAAUAAUGUGACUCGAGUUGAGGAUGCGCCAGCAUAGAUAGCAGACAAUUACAAACCUGUAUAAGGUGCUUUUAUUCCACAUUACCCCGGUACUCCUGGCUGUGAUACCAGCGUAUGGACUUUAAUGAGGAUUUCUGAAAUUAGAAUAUUAACAUAUAUAUUAUAUAUACAUAUAUAUUAACACACACGAACUUCAAAACCAGGGCUAUGGUGCAUAUAACUACAACAAUUCAUUGCAGUUUACCUGAUCAGCUCUACCUCACUUCAGAGAAAUUACAUCAAUUCAAACUUGAAUCAGCCGACAUGUUUUUCAAUGCGGUAUUUUUUUGGUACAACAUCUGUGACAGAAGGAGCUACUUCUCCACUGGAUACAAACAUUCCAACUGCAUAUUUAAGACGUUCUCUGUGUUUAUAGAAAUACAGUAUUAUAGCUUUAUGUAUUGCAAAAUGAGUAGCGGUGACCUCAAAGUCUCGCUCUCCUGUACUCAUAGCCAAUAGGGUUUUGGAAGUGAACAUAUGUGUGCCCCCCCCACAUUCUCAGAAAGCAGUACAAUGAUUUAGGACAUAAUUUUGGACGGUAUGGACACACUAUGAAAGCAAGAAAGUAGUGUUAUGUCUUAGUACCUCUGAUUAACUGACUGUUGUAUGUAUGUGUAUGCGGGUUGGGGGAGGGGCUUGUUCUUUUGUAU